AUGGUCAAACCAUUACAGGAAAUCAUUGCUCUCAUCUUCAUGAAAAAUCAAGGGUGGGAGAGAAGUUUGAUUCCAGGAAAUGGACCAAAUCCGAUGCUUUUGCAGAACCUCUCAGAAAUUAAAUCCUUGCAACUCGGAGAGCAUGAGGAACAAAAUAUUACUGUGGAGGAAUUUAAGAAAGAACUUCUUUUGCAUAGAAAAGAAUUUGCUUUGGAAGGGAGUAGAAGGAAAAAGUGGAAAGAUAUGUCGAGAAUGAGGAGAGCACUUCAGAGGAAAAUAAGAAUAUUCUGUUGGAUUCUAACAGGGAAGCAAAAUCAUGAGAAAAGAGCACAACAUAUAAAGGCAACCUGGGUUAAAAGAUGCAACAAAUACUUGUUUAUGUCAUCACAAGAAGAUGAUUCACUUCCGGCACACAAUUUGAAUGUUUCGGAGGGUCGAGAAUUUUUGUGGUUGAAAACAAGGGAAGCGUUCAAGUAUAUCUACGAUCACUACCUGCAUGACUAUGACUGGUUCCUUAAAGCCGAUGACGAUACAUAUGUUAUUGUUGAGAAUUUGAGGUAUCUGCUGCUUCCAUUCUCACCAGAUGAACCAUUACAUUUCGGCCACAAAUUCAACUUAGACAAAGCCAGGAAGACAGGAUAUCACAGUGGAGGUGCAGGAUAUGUGCUUAGUCGUGAAGCGCUUCGAAGAUUCGGCCGAGCAUUUAAUAAGGAAAAGACUUGUGGAACAAAAGGAAAAACAGUAGAAGAUCUCGAAAUGGGUAAAUGCCUAGAAACUAUUGGAGUACGAAUAGGAGAUUCUCGUGAUCAGGAAGGAUUUAAUCGAUUCAAUCCAUUAAAUCCAGAUUCGAUGACAAGUGGAGCGUAUCCGAAAUGGAUCCAUACGAAGUCAUAUUACACUAUUUCACCAUCAAGAUGGUGUUGUUCUCCUUAUACGGUAUCGUUCCACUAUCUCAGACCUGCUCUCCUGUACAUGAUGGAAUAUCUAGUCUAUCGUGUAAAAGUAUUUGGAGUUCAGCAAAAAUUUAGGUUAAAUAAAAAUGAAUCGAUUUUAAAAGCUGCUUACGAGUCCGCAAUAAAAGCAAAGGGUCCCGACCAAGGCUAG